AGCCCGAGUGACGAGGCAGUGGCACCGGAGGCGGCGCCUCAUUUAAUUCCCGAAGGCCCGUCCCGCCAUGUCCGUUGGUGGCCCCAUCCGAUCGGACUCAACCUCACCUUUACCACUUCCUAUCCAUUAUAUCGAGCAAUUGAUGCCAUUGCCAGAAGGAUUUGACUCACUGCUUGCUUGAACAACUACCUGAUAACAUAACCGAGAACCAAGACAAUAAGCAUUCCUGAAGAUGUCAUUCAAUCGCCUCGUCCGGUUUGCGCCCAAGGGCGACGACAGCAAGAUCCUCCUCGGUGAGCCCGCCGACAGCUCUGUCGACGUCGGUGCUGCCGUUCGCGAGGGCGAGGAUGUACAAGUAAAGGUGUACAGCGGCACCUCGGUGCUGGACGCCGGGUCGCCGACCGGCGAGACCGCUGUCAUCGGCCGCAUUCUCGCACCUCUAACGCAACAAGAGGUUGGAACCAUCCGCUGUAUCGGACUAAACUACAAGAAGCACGCCGAAGAGGCCAAAAUGACCAUCCCGGAAAUCCCCACCGUCUUCCUCAAGCCCUCAACCUGCCUGGCCGACCCCUACCCGUCGCCGACCAUCAUCCCCAAGCACACCCUCGCCAGCGACUCGGCCGACUACGAGUCCGAGCUGGCCAUCGUCCUCGGCCGCGAGGCCAAGAACGUGUCCGAGGCCGACGCGCUCGGCUACGUGCUGGGGUACACGGCCAGCAACGACGUCUCGAGCCGCGCCUCGCAGUUCGCCCAGACCCAGUGGUGCUACUCCAAGGGCUUCGACGGCGCCUGCCCGAUCGGCCCCGUCCUCGUGUCCAAGGACCUCGUGCCCGACGUCGGGGCGCUCAGGCUGAGGGGGCUGAAGAAUGGGAAGGUGGUGCAGGAUAGCGGGCUGACGGCCUCCGCCCUUUUAGAUCUCGGCACGAAGAUGGACCUCAUCUUCUCGGUUGAGCAGAUUGUCAGCUUCCUCUCGCAGGGCACCACGCUGCCCAAGGGGACCGUCAUCAUCACGGGCACCCCGGCUGGCGUCGGUUUUGCGCACAAGCCGCAGGAGCUGUUGCACGACGGGGAUGAGUUUGUGGUCGAGAUCCAGCCGCAUAUCGGGAGCCUGUACAAUGUGAUGCAGAACGAGAAAUGA